UGAAGGCUAGCACAUCAUGUGAUUCAAAUGUCGGCGUGUAUUUCAGAGGUGAGGCUAUCCGCGGCGUGUUGCCCAGAUGUUUACGCUGUACUCGGCUGGCGUUAGCUUACGUUAGCUUAACAGCAACGUAUAGAAACAUUCAACUAACAAACGUGACUCCUCGGCUUUAGAUGUCGGCGUUCAAUGGGGUUAACAUCGAUAGCUGUUUGUUAGCAGCAUCUACCCAUUUGGCUAAACGGCCUGAAGAAGGACUUGUCUAGCUGGCAGACACUGACCCUCAAGCUGAAAGGUCAAACGUUGUCAGGGUGGAACCCAAUGGAUCAUGGCGGCCAGUUUGAGACGGAGGGCAGAGGAAUGUCACAGGUUUGUGUGGGCGGGGACGACCUCUGUGAUAACCUGCCAAACCCUGAAGCUCUGGCUGGCCAAACCCGAAACCUCAACGAGGCAAACGCUCACAGUGUUCCUCCUUCACCGAAUGAGGAGGGAGGAACAUGUGGCCUCCAAAAAACCUCUCUUAACAACAAUGGGAAGGAAAAGGAGGUGGGACAGGGGAAGGAGGGACAGGCAGGAAGAAGCCAAGAGGAGGAAGACGAAGAAGACGUUGACGAAGUGAUGAGGGAUGAAGAAGAGGAGGAAGAAUCAGAGGAAUCUAGCUGUCUAACUCGCGGCCAGUCUCCAGAGACUCCCAUGACUGACUCCUCGUAUUCAGAGACUGGCAGUUUGUUGGAGACUCCAUAUCCACUCAGCCCUGGGACCAGUCCAGAGCCUACAUCCCCUGUCAUUCCCGUAGUCAGUCCUGAAACUCUUCUUCCCAUCGGCUCAGUGGAACCAGGCCAGAGUGAUGCUGAAAUGGAUUCUCAUAUCUCCAGCUCUGGAUCGGGUGCCUCCACCACAGGGUCCGUUACCAGCACACAGGGACCCACCAUCACCACGUGGCCGUCAGAUCCCACUUUACAAACUAUAACCUCCGACACAGGUCCUCCUGGCCCAGCUGGGCCUACGUGUAUCAUGGGAGCCGCUGACAGGAUAGCAAAAAAUAUAAUCUCCUCUGCAGAACAACUUACCUCAUCCACAGAGCCCUCCUUUAUCUGUGGGCCCACAAAUGUCGGUGGCUCUACUUGUUCAUAUCUGGGAUCCACCACAUCAACGACACUCACAAGCAGUAACACUUCAGUUGCUUCUAACACUAUGAGCGCAACGACAGAACUGCUUACCUCCGCCACAGGACCUACAACUACUGGUACAGAAUCCAGCUCCACCACAGGACCCAUAUCCUCCUACACUCCAGUGACCACGUGUUCCUCAGUCCCCACCUCUGCCACAGGGCCUAUUCUGAACACUGCGUUGCUGGAGAGUCUAGGGCAGCUGGCACAAAGGGGAGAUGACACCCACCUUCCACAGUAUCUCCACCAGGUUGCUGAGGCGUUUGUCCUUCAUGAAGACUACCAGCGGGCUUUAUGGUGCAUCCAACUAGAGAGACUCUAUCAUCAAAGGGUACUGGACAACCUGAACGCACUUCAACAGCAGUGGGAGGGUCAGUGUAGAAGGACGUCCUCUGAACUGACAACCCAACAUCUGGACACUCUUAAACACAUCUGCCAGACGCACACUCGACCAAGGACGAGAGAUGCUGAGUGUGCAUCUCUGGACUUUUUGAAAACUAAAUUUGAAGAAAGUGGUGCACUGGCUUCAUGUACCUCAGUCCAUCAGGCUGAAGGAGGGAUGGAGCACAGAGCCGAGGACUCCUCUUGUCCCUCCAUUAAUUUGCCUGAUAGGCUCAAUUCCCUUGAGGUCCAAGACAAGGACAGGGAAGGCCCGGACCGUUUCGCCGGAUCUCAGCUGUCUGACAAGCCAGGCAGCGACAGGGAGGGAGGACAGGCAGAAGGAGGGGUGGGACACGCCAUUUCUAUCAUAGGAAAUGGACUGCACCCCUCUACAGCUGGAGGAAUGGAUCAGUCCACGUCUGCAGAGCAGCAGGGAGAAGAUUUAGGUCCAGCGCAGGAGAAGGAGGUAAAAACAGAAGACGGGGAGGCAGCAGAGGAGAUGGAAGCUGAAGGAGAUGACGAAGAGGAGGAGGAGGCGGAGGAGGAGGAGGGAGAGCAGGAGGAAAGAGACUCACCUUUUUGUCAGAAAGCUCCACCAGUGGAGACUAUUGUCAGUGGGACAGAGCUGGAGGGACAGCAGCUUCACUCGGAUGCUGUAGCUCAGGAGGAGCUUCACGUCGAGACCCAGCAAAACCUAAAGAUUCAGGAAGCACACCCUCCCCAAGAGACUCAUAUGAAGCACCAGGAAGAGGGCGUGGAAGAAGAAGAAGAAGAAGAAGAAGAAGGAGAGGAGGAGUAUGAAGUAAACCAAGCUAACAUCAUUAGAGAAGCUCCAACGCUAGAUGACAUGGCAAAACUCAUCACUGUAGAAGAGAUAUCUCCUGCCUCUGGCCUGGUGUCUAUACUGAAGAAGCGAAGCAUUUGUAUGGACACUGUGAGUAUUUCUGCCAGUUCAGAGCCCCGACCUCAAAAAGCCCCCGCUAAAAGACGUGUCCGCUUCAAAGUACCUGAUGAUGGUUACGAGCAAGAUGUCGGUGGAGGAGACUCCUGCUUGCUUCUCUUCCUGCUAUGUCUGGUUACAGUUGUGAUCAGCGUGGGUGGCACCGCCCUCUACUGUGCUCUAGGUGAUGCUCAGUCCUCGGUGUGUCAGGACUUCUCCAGGAAUGCAGACUUCUACAUGGGCCAGAUACAACGUGGGGUCACUCAGAUCCAGCACUGGCUGACUGCUUGGUCAUAACAAUGUGGAGCCGCUGGUUUUUGAGUUCACCACCGUAGAUUCCUGUUACUUCUUGGGACAAUGUUUUCUGAGGUAAAGGUGCCGGUCGGUCACUCCAGCUCCUGCUGCUGCUUCGAGUAAGCGGCUGUACAUCGAUAUCAGACGCAGCUGGAAUUUGCAAACCUGCUCGACUGCAUUUUUAACGCUCUGUGAAUACAAUUUUCAGGUUCCACUCAAAGUGGUCGGUCCCUGUCCCUUCACAACUCCAGGUUGAGAGGGAAAGUUCAGUGAGAAGAAGACUGUAAAAUGGAGGAAUAACGUCUGCCUGCUCAACCUUCUUAAGUUUGAUUAAGUUAUAAAUUCUAAUGAUAGGUUUAGAAAUUACUGUGUAACUUAAGAGUCCUGUUGACCCAGCUCAGAGCUGGUAGUUAAGUUUCAAAAGUCACUGGUAGAAAAAUGAACCAUGGCUGGAUACAAACUAAAUUACUGGCACUGGACACUGUUGAUGAGCUCCACAACAAAGUAAUAAGAGCUGCAAUCCAUGGAAAUUUAAGCAAAAAUGUUGUACAUAUAAUGUAUAGUUUGUUAACUAGGGAGCACAAAGAUGCUCUCUCUACAUGCACUGCAGAGGUGAGAAUAGGCCCAAUGGGUGUUUUACAUACUGCUGCAACCACGGGUGUUGCUUUUAUUAUUGACUUUUUUUUUUUUUUAUGAAAAAAAAAACAUUUAAAACGAACAAACCAUUCUGUGGUCUUUUACUUGGAAUGAAAUUAUCGUGUCUUAAACUUUUAAAUGAAUGUUUGAAGUUUAACUUUGCAUUGUAUCAUCAGUGGGGCAUCUGUGUGUUGUCAGAUUAUUAAAAGGGUAUUUUGGUAUUUAUCAUAGUUGAGCCGUAAAUGGAAAACAGUUGCAUCAAAUAUGUUCUAAGGGGGAAAAUAACACCGUUUUAAUUGCAUGUAACAUCCGUGCGAUCGCAGCGAACAUGUGCCAAAGAGCUGUUUGUCAGCCACACGCACAGCAAUGCUCGACAUGCGCUUUUCCCCUUUGCACACAUUUGACACGAGUGUCACGUUGCUGCUCUUUUUUUAUGUAACUACCAACAAAGAGUUUACAGUGAGCUGACAUGGCCGUCGCUGGAGACUAUAAAUCCAAACUUUUCGUAUAUUUGGGUUUCAAUGAGCUAGAUCUAGCUUUGUGUAGCAUAUGCAACAUGUACAGUAACACAAUGCACCUCGGUAUGUUUUGUCAAAGAAAUGUUUAACAUGUUGCACAUGAUAACUUUUUCAGAUAUUGCAAUAUUUCUACAGGCAUUGAUUGGUCUGUUGGUCCUAAACAUAAAGGCUUGACUUAAUUUCAGAAACAGAGUAUCUAUAUCCACCGAAUGUUUGCACAGACUGAACAGAACAGCCUCACGUCUUAAGUGGGUGUGGAAUAUUCCUCCAAUGAUCAUUUUACAGUUAAAGUAGCUUUGUAAUCGGUACAGGCCUUCAUGUUGCUGGAAUCAUUUGAGACUUGCCUGUGUGUUUUUUUUUCUUUUUUUUUUGCAUAAUCCUCUCUGUUGUCGUCUGUUUUCUGUUUGACUUAUACAAAAUAAUUUUUCUGCAGCUUGGAAAGCCUUGAGACUUUCCCUACACUUGGUCUUCCUUAAUAGUCACUUAGAUAUGAUUUGCCAUUUUUGUGUUUACAUGUGUUCGAAAUUUGAGUGCUGGGAAGAAGAUUUUCUCUGAAACAAAAUGAUUUCCUUAUGAAGGGUUUUAAACAAUUCUGUUAUGGAAAAGGGAAACCGUCCCUUUAUUUUCACACCAGUGCUUUAGUUCUUAUUUCUGCUCAUUGGGUUUAUUAUACAGCUUCAUCUCACUUUUUUGUGCUUUGUUAUUCUGACAUAUUACAAUGUUUGGUGCACUCUAAAUUAUCCUUUCAUUUGCAGUUUUUUGUGGAUGGCAUAAAAAGUACCCUGGAAAAACCACGUAGCCCACAAAAGGUCUAAACUGUCAGCAAAAACAAAUCUCUACUAAAGAGAGGCGUUUCGAAUGUCAUACUUAUUCAUCACUUACAGUUUAGGAUGAAACAGUAUUUUUUUUUUUUUUCGUGGUGUGUCACUCACAAUAACCUGAUAACUUGCUGGAGUCAUGAGGUUUUUUCAGGACCUAAGGGAUUGGAGAUCCACUCUUGUUUUUUAUUUUGCACAUGUCGUCUGGCUGGUUCAGACGGCUAUCACCCAGAAGACCUCUUAUUUUAAUCUUUGAGAUGAUUUUAAUUAUUUAUAAUCCUAGGGAUGUCAGAUGUAAGUGGUUUCUGUUUUAUUUCUUCACAUGUGUACAUCAGAUAUGUAGGUUUUUAAUCACUGUUCAUCAGGAGGGAGUUAAAAGAGUUCUGUUGUUUUUACUCACUUUUUUAUUUUUAGUUCCUGAAGAUUAUUUAAAACUUGUUACUAAUGCAUUUUAAUUUACUUUAUCUUGUUGGUUUUCACCUGAACUUUAGAAAUGAGCGAAUGAAAUGAGUACUGUUCCACUUCUAUCAGCCUGAUGACUUUUUCAGAUUGUUUGAUGAUGACACUUACUUUGUUCUUACUGAUUGUAACAAAGGGGUGAUGUUUUUAUUUUGUUGUUAAAAAGCACCUCGUUCUUGUUAUGUCUCAUGUUAAAGCCAUUCAAACGA